UGCCAGAAUUGUAAAACAAGCGGCGGAAUGGAGUUUGAGAAAAACACUAAGAUUAUCCGGUUAACCGGAAAUACGUCAACUGCGCACCAAAACACCGGGAUCCCGUGAUGAAGCCUUAACAACUGGGGGUUAAAGGGGGGCUCUUGUCGCUGCACCGCCGUGUCAUCUCGUUACGGGCAGAUGAUCCCUUUUUUUCUCAACAUUUCGAAAUUAUGUCCAACUAAGCUUCUUUUUGCGUCGUACAAAGUAAAUUGCCUUCUCAUUCUUGCGGAGUAGACAUGGGGCACCUGCAGAAUCUCAUAGCAUGGGCCACUGCCCAAGGCGUGGUGAUUGACGCGAUACAGCCGAGCAAGAUUCCCGGUCGAGGCACAGGGAUUCUGGCCACGCGCAAUAUCAAGGCCGAAGAGGAAGUCCUGAAGGUGCCUCCUGGAGCGCUGCGUUGCCUGGAGUCAAUUCCAUCGAGUAUACGCGAGAGGCUGCCCUCGCACACGACCAUCCAGGCGCUGCUUGCGGCGGAUUUGGCUCUUGAUAAGAGCGCCAAUGCGGUGCCGUGGAAGGCUGUGCUGCCGAAGAUGAGUGAUUUUGAAGUAGGCAUGCCGAUGAUGUGGCCGAAAGCGCUGAAGGACCUUUUGCCUCUCGAGCCUAGAAACCUUCUCCUAAAGCGGGAGAAGACGUUCCAGGAUGAUUGGAAUGAUUUUAAUAAGGCAUUUCCGGAUGUUCCGUAUGAUGAGUACACGUAUGCAUGGCUGGUUGUCAACACUCGGACGUUUUACAACGAAUCACCCGAGACGUUGAAGUAUCCCUGGGAAGAUAGGCUGGCAUUGAUCCCUGUGGCCGACUUGUUUAACCAUGCAGACGCUGGAUGUAAGGUGUAUUACUCACCAGAGGGAUACCAUAUUAUUGCGGAUAGAGACUACGAGAAGGGCGAGGAGUUGUUUAUUUCGUACAGUACUCACUCUAACGAUUACAACUUGCUCGAGUAUGGUUUCAUCCCUGAUGAGAAUCCAUCAGACGAUGUCUACAUUGACGAUGUGAUAUUUCCCAAGCUGGGCGAAAGCCAAAAGGCGGAACUCGAAAAGCGAGAUUUGCUUGGAGAGUAUCCUUUGGGGGAAGCUACCGAGGAAUUUCACCGUACGCAGGCGGUGUUGAGGUUGCUUUCAGGUACAGUCAAGGAGUUUGAUCGAUUUCUUAACGGUGAAGAACACGGACAAGUUGUUCAAAAUCGAGUCGAUACAUAUCUCCUGAAGGUGCUUGAUGAAUUUUUGAGCGACGUUGUUACAAAGCGGUUACAAGAAGUUGAUGCUCUGAAAGUUGGUCUGGAAGAACAAAGAGCGCUUCUGGCUAAGCGAUGGACACAGAUUGAGGAGAUAAUAAAUCGGAAGAUUGGAAGUUACCGCGAGAGACAGAUGGAUACUUUGGAGUAGACGGGUUGAUUUCUAGCACAAGGAGUUGGUUUAAAUUUUGGGAGAUAGAUAUAUACAGCGCAUGGCAACAUGGAGGCGUGGGAUCAUACAACUGAGUUAUAGAAUGG